AGUUAUUUUGAAGAAAAAACCAAGGAAAAGAACAAAUGUUAGGCAGAUUAUGUUAGAAUAAGUAGAAGUGCUAAAACAACAAACUUUCUAAUUCACUGAUGACACUCUAAAAGCAUGGUAUCCAGUAGGGGCCUCCCCAUAAAGAUUUUUUUUCACCCUCCAAACAGAAACCAAAUUGCUUUAUGUAGAAUAUGACAAUAGUAUAUAGCAAAUGCAAAAAUAAAUAAAUGAACUAAUAAAAAAAUACACAUUCUCACAUGUGGAGCCAUUUGAUGCUAUUAAUAAGUUUUCAGGUUUUUUUCCCCGAAAAAUAGUCACGAGACCAAUAAGUUAACACAAAGAAAUUGAUAGGUGAUUCAUACUAUUAAUUAGUUAUUUAGUGGGGAUCGCAACAACUAAUUCUUGUUCUCGAUAAAUUAAGAGUCAGCAAUUAAUCUUUUUUAUUUUUAUUUUUUCCAUUUCAGACCUUUCAUUUCUAGAUAUAUGUUAGUUAUGCUAUACGCCUCCCUCUUCUAAUCAGUUCUUAUGGGAUUUAGCGGGGCCCUAUGACAAGAAAAAAAGUUAUAAUAUAUCAUACACAACUGACAACAAUGCAUGUACACAAGUAACACAACAUCCAGAAUUGUCUUCAGCCAGAAAAUGAAGUCAUCAACUUCUCCAAAUGUGAGCAUAAUUGCUCAAACUAAUAUAAAAACUCAAUGGAUAGUGAGAAAGACAAAAAGGUGGCUGAAACUGUUGAAAGCUACAAGGAUUAUGUGAAAUCUCUUUCUUUCUUAUAUCAUUUCUCAGAAAGUAGAAGGAUGAGCAAAGAAAAAUCUUGAAAAAAACCCUAUAGUAAACGAUAGAUAAUCAUCAGCACUUGCACAAUGAAUGUCUGUUGACGAUUCUACCACAUCCUUCUCUUUAUAUACUCAUCUCUAUCAUUCAUUUUUAGGCAAUUCUACUACUUUCUAUUUGAUUUAUUCACACAGAGGAGUACAGGAAACAAAAAAGGGUAAACUGCUCCUUUCCUUUCUCUCUACCAUCACAUAAAAGAUGAUUAACUUCAAACAGAAUACAAUAGCCUUAAGAAUUCUAACAGUUUUCCUUGUUAGCUUUACAAUCAACAGAAAAAAUCUCUGCUCCAACCACCCUUUUUUUACCCCAGUAAAGUCUCCUAGUGUACAUUUUGCGACUGCACAUUCAUCAUUGGCAGAGAUGAUAUUUGAUGGGCAUCUAAGCUUUGAAAAUACCGAACAUACGGCUAAGGACUUUGGAGGUAGAUACCAUUUCAUGCCAUCAGCAGUUUUAUAUCCAAAAUCAGUUUCUGAUAUCUCCUCUGUCGUAAAAAAUAUUUUUCAAAUGGGUGAAACCACAGAACUUACAGUUGUUGCUAGAGGUCAUGGCCACUCCCUUGAAGGCCAAGCACAAGCACACAGAGGUGUGGUUAUCAAUAUGGAAUCACUUCGGGAGCCAGAAAUGAGUUUUCACACCGGAAUAAUGCCCUAUGUUGAUGUUUCUGCUGGCGAACUAUGGAUAAAUAUUCUGCAUAAAAGCCUUAAACAUGGCUUAGCACCAAAAUCCUGGACUGACUAUCUUCAUCUUACAGUUGGGGGCACCUUAUCUAAUGCCGGAAUCAGUGGGCAAGCAUUCGAGCAUGGACCUCAGAUAGAUAAUGUCUACCAACUACAGGUUGUCACAGGCACAGGAGAAGUGGUAAUAUGUUCGGAAGAGCAGCACUCAGACCUCUUCCAUGCUGUACUUGGAGGUUUAGGACAAUUUGGUAUCAUCACCCGGGCUAGAAUUGCUCUAGAACCAGCACCCAAAAAGGUUAAAUGGAUCCGAGCACUUUACUCAGACUUCACCAUAUUUUCCAAAGACCAAGAGCGUUUAAUAGCAUCUGAAAAUUCUUUCAACUACAUAGAAGGGUUUGUCAUUAUAAAUAGGACAGGUUUAUUAGACAAUUGGAGGUCUUCUUUCAGUUCCAAAGACCCCAUUCAAGCCAACCAGUUCACUUCAGAAGGUAGGGUCCUGUUUUGCCUAGAAGUUGCAAAAUAUUUCAACCUAGAAGAAUCUGAUCACAUUGAUAAGGACAUUGAUAAUCUACUAUCAGAUUUAAAUUACAUUCAAUCCACUCUCUUCUUAUCAGAAGUCUCCUAUGUGGAUUUCCUGGAUAGAGUACAUGUCUCUGAAUUAAAACUUCAGGAAAAGGGGCUAUGGGAAGUGCCACACCCUUGGCUAAAUCUUCUUAUUCCAAGAAGUAGUGUUCAUCUGUUUGCCAAGGAAGUUUUUGGCAACAUUCUUUCAGAUACCAGCAAUGGUCCUGUCUUGAUCUAUCCAGUCAACAAAUCAAGGUGGAAAAAUGGAACAUCUAUGGUUACGCCUGCGGAGAAUGUUUUCUACCUAAUUGCAUUCUUGUCUUCAGCAAUACCAUCUUCCACAGGAAAAGAUGGCUUAGAACAUAUUUUAACUCAACACCAAAGAAUUCUUAACUUUUGUGGAAGAUCUAAUCUUGGGAUCAAACAAUAUUUGCCUCACUAUAGAACACAGGAGGAGUGGAAAGCUCACUUUGGAACUUUCUGGGAAGUUUUCUCUAAAAGGAAAUCCAUCUACGACCCUCUGGCAAUCCUAGCUCCUGGACAAAGAAUCUUCCAGAAGCGAAGGCAUUUGGACAACGAAGACCUUAAAUUAAACAGCUCAGUGGAUAAAGGUCUUGAUGGGAAUCCUAGUAAAGAUAUUAUAUAAUUUACUUUCCAAGUUAGAUACUUAUUUUACGAAAUGUAAUCAUGGUUUUAUUUAAUAAAUCUUCUAGUGUUUUAUCAGUUGUUUACUUUUCAACUUGAAUACUUAUUUUAACAAUCAUAAUCAAGGUUUUAAUUGAUUUUCUAAUAUUUUCCUAAUUAAAUUAGACUAGAUAAACUAUAUAUGAAGGGAGCUUAUACACUUUAAUAGGUGGACUUUGAUAUUGAAUAAACUAAUAUUUUCUCCCUCUAAAUUCUCCAUUCUCUCAUUUUUCACUUUCUCCUUUCUCUUCCUCUUUUUUCCUUAAUCUCGGUCUUGUUCGAUUGUGUUCUACGUCAAUCUGGUAUCGGAGCAAAUCAUUUUCCUUCGACAGGUGUUCAAGUUCAAGAGUGAUGUAGGCAACAGUCAUGAAUAAAAGACGAACACAAGAACAAGUUAAAAAAUGCAUUGAUUCACAAAGAAUACCGUGAAAUAUUCAUUGAUUCUUUGAAAGAAUACAGAAUAUUCGAUUUGAUCAACAAAUUAUUGAUUCAUGCACGAAUACUAAUUUAGACUGAGAUUGGAGUAUCAACAAUUAAAGGCUAAACACACCGAAUGAACUAAAGUACAAGAAAAUUAUUAAAACUUUGUUUAGUCC